AUGAGGUCCAUUAUGACGCCUCACGAUGACCCGCCUAUCUACCAGCUGCCGGAAGAGUUACUGCUGCACGUCGCCUCUUAUCUUCCCGACGCAGCUGCACCCACGACCCUCAAGGACCUGAAUCGUCCCCUCGUUGAAAAGGCGGAAAUCCAACUCAGUGACCUUUUCGAAGCUCUCGACUGCAGCCGGCUACGAAGUCUCAAAAUGCAGCUUAUCAACGACAGCUAUCAUCUCACAGACGACCGAGAUACCCAGCUUGAUGCUAGCUAUCUCAUAGAUCAACUUGAUAGCAUGCGAGACAGUCUAGAAAGGCUUGCCAUCACGCAUGAAAUUACUGAUGACGACUCCGAUUUAGAAUGGCUGCUGGGAUUGUUGACGAACCAAAAGAGAUCAUUUAAACACUUCACCAACCUCAAGCAUCUCACCAUUCCACAGUUGUUCUUUUUCAACGAGGAGACGGAUCGUUGGCUGGAACACUGCUGCCAGCCGAGAGAUUUGCCACCAAAGCUCGAGACGUUGGAAAUCUUGUACCCUCAAUCAGACAUAGAAGACUGGGUACAGGUAGAGCGCUUCCAGCCCCCAGGAUAUCAAGACGAUCCGGCUUUAGGCUUUCAAGCCAAGCUGCCCUCGGCUUUGUGGAAGAUCACAUUGACGUGUCGCGACGAAGUUGGCUCAUCUGCAUCGUCCUUCACGAAGGACGUAGAGCCGAUCUGGGUGGUGCUGUCGUUUGAUCUCCUAAUUGAGACGUAUGUCUUCUGUCAGACCCAAGGAAACUGGUACAAUUUGAAAGACUUGCGCUACGAGCAAUUAGACAUGAACGAGGAGGAGACCGACAGCGAUAUGUCAGCGAUGUUAUUAGCGCAUUCUGGACCUCAGGUAGAAUCGACCGACAGCGAACUGGAAACAACUGAUAGUGGAGACUACGACGAAGAAUCGGACGAAGAGUCGGACGAAUAG